AUGUCAGAAGAAAAUAGACCCAUAGUUGCCUUCCUGGGGCCACAAGGCAGCUAUACGCACCAGGCUACAUUAGACGCCUUCAAUCACUCAGACUACGUCAUCUCCCCACAGGUUACAAUCGAGGACGUCUUCACAGCGGUGCAGAGUGGCGAUGCCUACAGAGGCGUGAUACCCUUUGAGAACAGCAGCAAUGGCUCUGUAGUCUUUACUUUGGAUCUUUUUGCCGACCUGCACGGCAAAUACCCUGACAUUCUCGUCUGCGGGGAGAGCUACGUCGCUGUGAAGCAUUGUCUACUUGGGCAUGCGCCAUCAAGCGAAACAGCUUCAACAACUUUUCCUGCUGCAGUGUCACCAGCACGCCCAAUAGCAGACAUCUCCAACGUCAAGAGACUGUACUCGCAUCCGCAAGCAUGGGGUCAAUGCAAGGAGUUCCUAAACACGUAUCUCAAGCACGCAGAACGCAACGACGUAUCAUCUACCUCCAAAGCAGCAGAGCUAGUCGCGCAAGACAAGAGUGGUGAAUCAGCAGCAUUGUCGAGCAUAAUAGCCGCAGACAUGUUCGACCUCGAUGUCCUUGCCAAAACAAUCAACGACCGCGUGGAAAACACUACACGGUUUUUAGUGAUUAGGAGGAAGGAUAGCAGUACGCCUCCAGAAUCCAUUCCGUCAUCGCCAAAAUCAAGCGCCACUACAGCUACGAACGGCGAGCAGAGGAACUGGAAAACUCUGAUUACCUUCACGGUUGAUCAAGCCAACCCUGGGGCAUUAGCGCACUGUCUGUCUGCGUUCGAGAAAUACGGUUUAAAUCUGACGAGUAUCAACACGAGGCCAAGUGGUGUUGAGAAUUGGAAUUACGUUUUCUUCGUGGAGUUGAAGGGUCGGAAGGAAGAAGAAGGGGAAGAGGGUAAAGUUAAUGGAGCGUUGGGGGAGUUGGGUCGGGUGUGUAGAGGGUAUAGAUGGUUAGGGAGUUGGGAGAAUAGGUUGACUGCUGCAUAG